UGAAAAGGCAGAGUCUAAAAGUUCAGAUCAAUGCAACAGAUGACACCGUUUGCAUGAGGUAUCUUCGACCAAGUCAAAACACCAAACUAGAAGGUUUUGUCCUGGGUUAUGGAAGCAGCUUCUUUUCUAAUCAGUACAUUCCUUUACCUUCGGAAGGAAAAAACUACGUAACAGAACUUGAUGCUGAGCCACGGUAUUUGGUUUCGGUAAGACCAGCACGUGUUUCAAAUAACAAGAAAUCUUGUUCAGGUCGGACCAAGAAUCAAAAGCCUCUGCAGCUGGUAGUUGGCACUCUUACCCCAACCUCUGUGUUUCUCUCCUGGGGCAUCCUAGUCAACCCUCAGCAUGACUGGACAGCAACAAGUAACUGUGAUAGUGACAGGUUCUAUACAGUUCGCUACAGAGAAAAGGGAAAAGACAAGAAAUGGGUUUUUCAGCUUUGCCCAGUUACAGAGACAGUGGUGGACAAUCUGAAGCCAAACACGCUUUAUGAAUUUGGAGUUAAAGACAAUCUAGAAGAUAGUAUUUGGAGCAAGACUUUCAAUCAUAAAACAAUUCUGUCUA